AUGGAGAACCAGCGCUGCUUCGCCAACCGCUUCGAUGACUAUCCGGGCAGCCCGGCGGCGGCACCGGACAAGGAGGCGGCGGUGCCACUGGUGACGGCCACCAUCGAGCGGAUCCUGAGGGAGCUGCCGCCUCUGGGCGGCUCCCGUGGCUGCCAGGGCGGGCUGUACGGUGGCGUGGCCGGCGUGGCCUACAUGCUGUACCACGUCGCGCAGUGCCCGCUCUUCGCGCCGUCGCGGGAGGCCUACCUGCGGGCGGCCCGCCGCGUCGUGGACGCCUGCCUGCGCUACCAGGAGGGCGGCGGCGAGGCCGACGCCGACACCCGCGCCGCCUUCCUGCUGGGAGGUGCCGGGGUGUACGCGGUGGCCGCGCUCGUCUACCGCGCCCUGGGGCUGCCCGAUUUCACCCGGCCACUAGGCAAGUUCCGAGAGCUGAGUGAGGUCUGCGCCCCGCUCUCCUUCCUCGAGUGCGGCUCCGACGAGCUCUUCGUCGGCCGCGCCGGCUACCUGUGCGCCGCGCUGGUGCUGAAGCAGCGGCUGGGCAUGGAGGUGCUGACCCCAGCACAAAUAAAAUCAAUUUGCCUGGCCAUACUCGAAUCAGGAAAGCAGUAUGCACUGAGGAAGAGGAAACCAUUCCCACUCAUGUAUUCCUACUAUGGAACAGAGUAUCUUGGUGCAGCACAUGGGCUUUCAUCAAUCCUCCAGAUGUUGCUUUCCUAUUAUGAGUACCUGCAGCCAGCAGAUCAGGAGCUUGUGUGGCAGAGUGUUGAUUUUCUUAUGGACCAAGAACAGAACAGCAACUGGCCUCCUGAGCUGGGAGAGACCAUCGAGCGGGAGAAUGAGCUUGUACACUGGUGUCAUGGAGCUCCAGGCAUUGCAUAUCUGUUUGCCAAAGCUUACCUGGUUUCCAAGAAGCCUCAAUAUCUGGACACUUGUAUCCGGUGUGGAGAGCUCACUUGGCAAAAAGGCUUGUUGAAGAAGGGACCUGGAAUAUGCCAUGGAGUGGCUGGUAGUGCUUAUGUGUUCCUGCUGCUGUACAGGCUCACUGGAAACUCAAAAUACAUAUACAGGGCACAAAGGUUUGCAGAGUUCUUAUUUACAGAAGAAUUUAAGGCUGGCUCCCGGGCAUUAGAAAGCGUAUAUAGUCUGUAUGAAGGUUUCUCGGGAACUGUGUGUUUCCUGACUGAUUUGCUGCAGCCCAACGAAGCUGAGUUUCCUCUCUUCAGUGUCUUUGUCUAGAAAGUAACAUUCUCCAGGGCCACAUCCUGGUGGCGGUGGUAGAGAGCACCUGCGGUUUCAC